CAAAUGUUCAACAAGAAGUUGAAUAUACUCAAGGAGAAAGUUCUCAACAAUUAUGGUCUAAUACUGGAUUAACACUACAACAAGUUAUAGAAGAUAUAAUAACUCCAGGUAGACCAAAACAACAAAAUAUUGAAGAACAACAAAUUGUUAAAGAAGAACAAAAUAUUGAAGAGCAACAAAUUGUUGAAGAACAACAAGAAGAACAGA